AUGGAGGCACCCCAGCUCACCCCGGUCGGAGAGAAGACGCUGCCGAAAAAAUGUAAACCCAGUGCCCUCGCCUACUGUCCCUCGAUGGACCUGAUCGCUCUCGCGACAGAGGAUGAUGAGCUGCGCGUCUUUCGUCUCAAUGGACAGCAUGUGUUCGGGGGCUCCUUUGGCGGUGAUCCCUACCUGGGCGAGGACGAAGGGGAUGGCGAGAUCAGAGCUCUCGCGUGGAAGGGCAAUGGCCGUUUCUUGGCUGUCGCAUGCGGUGAUGGCUCAAUACGUGUUAUCAGCGCGUACAGUGGCAAGACUGUUCACCAUUACGCGGCGUGUGAGGGGCCGAAAGACGACGGCUCUACUUCUGGGCAGAAGUCACCCAAGGUAACCUGCCUGGGUUGGGGUGUCAACUUCACAGAUAGCAAUGCUGCGCAGAGACAUCUACACGAGUCAGCGGGCCAGGUGUCUAUCGAGGAUCUCUUAGCACCCAGUGCCCAUUCAUCAAAAGCAGUCGCCCUACUCAAGGCCGACUUACCUAGAGAAUUGUCCAUGCUAGACAUUGAAAGCUCUCUUCCCAAGUUGAGCACUCUCCCUGCGACUGGAGCUGAAGACGACCUAUUUAGCUCGCGGGCUUCAAUCGACGCCAUCUUCCACUCUUCUGCAAAGGAUACCGGCGACUCCGUGGAUGUCCUGUUUGUCGGAUUCGAAGAUGGAAGGGUUCAUCUACGCAUCUUUGAUUGUUUCAAGAUCGGGUCAUUUCCUAUUGGCGAGACUACUGGACAAGCAGAAUCCUGCCAGAUCCUUCGUCAUGCUUCGCACCCGCUAAGCUCAACGCACGCCUUGCUAGCAUCGCCCAACGCGAGCAAAGAGCAAAGCCCUCUGACCCUUGUCACUCUAGACCUACGAUUCAUCACCAAGUCGGGCCGUUAUUUGUCUCUUCUCGCGUCGAAGACUACGCAGCUGCAGAAUCUGCUUCGAUAUAUCGGACAGGUUCAGCGGCAGAUUGAGCUCGAAUGGAAGAACGCCCAGGAGUUGCCUUUCCGAUUCUUGCGCAGUGUUAAUAUGGAUCUGGAAACAAAGUGCCAGUGUGACUUUACUACCGCGAUUUAUCAUCUGGUCGCUACGGGACAUGCUUUUGAGCCGAUGAAGGAGUUCCUCGUCGACAUUGUUGGAGAACGAGGACACAAGCGAUGGGACAAAGCCGUCGCAGGUGGCUAUGAAAACAUUCGACGAUUGACUCAUGAAAAUCUCCUUCCAGCGCUAGAGCGCAGCCAAGUACUCAUCAGCCGACUUGUCGGAUUGUCCAAAUUCCCCAAACUUAGUGACGUUCUCGGUUUGGACACCCCAAAGCUCAACGGAAUUGUCGAGACGCUCGACUGUCUACAAUUACUAGCCCACCGCAUCCUCAUUCACACGAACGAGGAAUUGGACCAGUUCACUGCGUUCUCCAGGUGGCUCCGUCACGAGAUCCUGAUCCUCGGCAGUGAACCUCUGUCCCAGACUGAGGAAGAACUCCUCGAGAAGAGGGAUAUUUUCGAUGUUCCUCCCACCACCAAGUACAUCACCGGUGCACUACAGAAGAGCGUGCUUCGCAACUACAUCCGUCAGCUACCUAUGUUGGGAAUGCCGCCUGUUCCACAACCUCCUGCGGAUAAGUGGUUGCCUGAUGGCCAUGACCGGUCGUUCUAUGACAAUUUCAAGUCGUUACUUCAGCAACAGCGUCAGAUUCAGGAACAAAGUGGUGAUAGCACUUCGGUGGAUGCUCCUAAGCUUAAUGACCUAACGAAGCGACUGGGCAUCCAGUUCGAGAAGGUGUUUGCGGAGAUUGCACUAACCCAGCGAAGAGGUAUCCUGCACCGAUCUCCCUUGACGCUUCACGCGGAUUGUGAUCGGGAUGUUCUUGAUCUGAAGAUGUGUUACGAGAAUGCCGAGGAGAAGAGGCCUUGCUCCAUUUACGUCGCUGCACGAUCUGUCAGUUCAAAGCCAUCGUGUUUGUACAUAUCUCCCUUCUGUGUUGAAAUGGGAACUGACACCUGCCUUGCAGUCUACAUCUACCGUACGGUUCUCGAUUCGGUGAACGGCGUCAGCUCGACGAGAGCUACAUCCGUCGCAUCCAUCACCCUGGAAGAAGGAGAAGUUCGUCAAUUACAAUUCGUCCAAGAUGAUACCCUGAUGGUCUUGUGGACAGAUGACAAAGGAUCAUCCUACCUGCUGAAUUUCCCCUUCCAGCCUGCCUCGGCGCAACAGACAUCCGAGAAAGCUAGCGCACUGACAAUGAUGCCCGAUUACACACACUGCGAGACCAAACCGACAAACGCGAAACCGUCAGUGUCGACAAAAUCGCUGGAUGUUUCUUCAUUGAUCGAGACAGGCAUAGUUCGGCACGCUUUUGCAGUGUCUGGGUCCAAAUCCAAGCCCGAGCACGUAGAUGUCAACGGACGUCAAGGCCGGCGGGCGGUGUGUGUGCUAUAUGGGGAUGGUAUGCGCUAUGACGUCUUGGACCUGGAUGCAGCUAUGGAAAGUGAAGAGGUGGAUGAAGGGUUGGAGGAAGAAGGGGAAGAAGAGGAAGAAGAAGACGAAGAAGAGGAAGAAGAAUGA